AUGAACGGCAACCCAGAUACCCGACAUGGCUAUCCUACGCCUCCCAAAUCGCCAUCUAACGACUCAAGUGGGGACCCCGCCAUCACAGUGAUAGCCUCGUCACGGGCAGUCAGAUCUGGCCGCUUAUCAGCGGCCACAUUCAUCGUCUCUAACCAGACAGGCAAGAUCAUCUCAACAUACGACUCAGUGGUACCCCAGGACAACUUCCCCGCAAACACCCCAUACACCGACUACUCUCCACACAUCCUACUACCUGGCCUAGUUGACGCCCAUGUCCAUCUCAACGAGCCCGGCCGGACAGAAUGGGAAGGCUUCUACACCGGCACCCAAGCCGCUGCUUUCGGCGGCGUCACAACAGUAGUAGAUAUGCCACUAAACGCCAUCCCACCCACCACCACGGUCGCCAACCUCAACGAGAAGAUCGCCGCCGCCAAAGGCAAAUGCUGGGUCGACGUCGGCUUCUACGGCGGCAUCAUCCCCGGCAACUCCGCCGACCUCAAGCCCCUCGUCGCAGCCGGCGUCCGCGGCUUCAAAGGCUUCAUGAUUGAGUCCGGCGUCGACGAGUUCCCAGCCGUCUCCUCCGAAGACAUCCGCAAAGUCUUCGCCGAACUCGCCGACGAGCCACAACAGUCAUUCUCCCUCCCACCACUCGCACCAAAGGGCCCCCUCGACGUCUACCGCACCUUCCUCGACUCCCGCCCACCAGUCUUCGAAACAUGCGCCAUCGAGGAGAUAAUCUCGCUUGCCCCAAUCGCGCCCCAGCUGCCGCUCCACGUAGUCCAUCUCUCUGCAAUGGAAGCAAUCCCCCUGCUCCGCGCCGCACGCGCCAGCGGCGUCAACAUCACGGCCGAGACCUGCCCGCACUACCUCUCCCUCGCGGCAGAGCAGAUCGCAAAUGGCGACACCCGCCACAAAUGCUGUCCCCCCAUACGCACGCAGUCGAAUCAGGAUACUCUCUGGGAUGAACUCGUCCGCCACACCGCAGAAGGAGUAAUCAAGACCGUCGUCUCAGACCACUCACCCUGCACACCAGACCUGAAACUCCUCCCCGGCACUGUCCCGGGCCACGUCGCGCCUACCAAACCCCCCUCAGGGGCCAAAGACGGCGACUUCUUCUCCGCCUGGGGCGGCAUCUCCUCCGUCGGCCUCGGCCUUCCUAUCCUGUGGACCGAAAUGAGCCGUCGCGGCCUCACCACCACUACACAAUUCGAUACGGCAAUAACGAACCUAGUAACAUGGUGCGCAACCAACACGGCACACCAAGUCGGACUUGAACGUUCCAAAGGCGACCUCGCAGUCGGCUUCGAUGCGGAUUUCUGCGUGUUUGAUCCCGAGCAGAAGUGGACGGUGGAGCCGAGCACGAUGCUGUUCCGGAAUAAAUGCAGUCCCUACCAAGGAAGGGAGAUGGUCGGGAUGGUGAAGCAGACCAUACUACGAGGAAGGACCAUAUACGACCGCGGCCUAUCCAAGGAAUCCCAUGGAGGUUUCGUUGGGAAGCAAUGCGAAGGACGAUUACUGCUUGAGCCAAGAAAGAAGAGGAGUGGGUUUGUGCACUGA